AGUUUUUAGCCAUCUGAUAAUAGUUACACACAAUGCCCUAUCAGGACAAAAAGUUGAAGAGCACAGAAAAAGGAACAGACAAAAAUCCUCAUGGGACCUCUAUGAGGGAUUAUUGUGAUCUUAAAAGACUUCAGUCUCUCUUAAAUAUUCAGUCAAGCAACCAACAGCUUCCAGCUAUACAUUUUGGAAGUGGUCAAACCAGUGUGACAAGAGCUCAGCAAAAUGUCAAAAGCAAUGAACAAAAACCCUGUGGUCAAUGGCAAGAACUAGCAGAAGCUGUUGAGCUUGAAAACUUUAGUGUGACCUACAAGAACGAGAGAAAUUUUAGCAAACAUCCCAAACGUGAGCUGUUUCAAGAGAUCUUUACAGCUUUAGUUAAGAACAGACUUACCUGCAGGGAGUGGGUUAAUCAAGCUCCGUCCAUCCAUUUUCUUAGAGUAUUAAUCUGCCUUAGGUUACUAAUAAGGGAUCCAUGCUAUCAGGAAAUGCUCCACAGCUUGGGCGGGAUUGAAAAUCUAGCUCAGUAUAUGGAAACAGUAGCAAAUGGCUAUCUUGAUUAUGGAGAAGAGCAGCAUAAUGCAGACAAGCUGGUCAACAUGACAUACAUUUUCCAGAAGCUUGCUGCCGUUAAAGGUCAAAGAGAAUGGGUUAUAGCAAGUGGAGCACAUAAAACCUUAGUAAAUUUAUUAUCUGCCAGAGACAGCAGCGUGCUUUUGGGUGCCCUCCUUGCUCUGACUAGUCUAGCAGAAAGUCCAGAAUGUAGGGAGAAGAUAAGUGAGCUCACCAUUGUUGAGAACUUGCUGGUGAUAUUACAUGAAUACGAUUUGCUUUCUAAAAGGCUCACAGCAGAGUUGCUACGUCUCCUCUGUGCAGAGUCACAAGUCAAAGAGCAAAUAAAAAUGUACGAAGGAGUUCCAGUCUUGCUCAGUUUACUCCAUUCUGAUCAUAUCAAACUUCUAUGGAGUAUAGUUUGGAUUCUGGUCCAGGUUUGUGAAGACCCUGAGACUAGUGUGGAAAUCCGAAUUUGGGGUGGAAUUGAGCAGCUCCUUCAUAUAUUACAGGGGGAAAGAAAUCUUGUUUCUGAUCGCUCUUCAGUUGGGAGUUUAUCUAGUGCGAAUGCGGCAGGGAGAAUCCAACAUAUUAAUUUGUCAGAUGAUCUGAGUCCUGAUGAGAUACAAGAAAAUACUUUCUCACUUCAAGCAGCUUGUUGUGCUGCAAUUACUGAACUGGUGCUCAAUGAGGCUAAUGCUUACCAGGUAGUACAGGCAAAUGGGAUAUAUACAAUAGCAAAGCUGAUUUUACCAAACAAAGGAAGGAAUGCUGAAAAAGCUUAUUUAUUACAGUGUUAUGCCUUCAGAGCCCUGAGAUUUCUCUUCAGUAUGGAAAGAAAUCGACAUAUUUUUAAAAGACUUUUCCCUACUGACUUGUUUGAAAUCUUCAUUGAUAUUGGACACUAUGUGCGUGAUAUCAGUGCUUAUGAAGAGUUGGUAUCAAAGCUGAAUUUAUUAACUGAGGAUGAAUUGAAGCAAAUUGCUGAAAGUAUCGAGAGGAUGAAUCAGAGUAAGGCACCUACAAACCAUAUAGGCAAUUAUGCAAUUUUGGAGCACCUUGGCAGUGGAGCUUUUGGAAGUGUGUAUAAGGUUAGAAAACAUAAUGGACAAAAUCUCCUGGCAAUGAAAGAAGUCAAUUUACACAAUCCAGCAUUUGGAAAGGACAAAAAAGACAGAGACAGCAGUGUAAAGAAUAUUGUCUCUGAACUAACCAUCAUUAAAGAGCAGCUUUAUCAUCCAAAUGUUGUACGGUAUUAUAGAACCUUCUUGGAAAAUGACAGAUUGUACAUAGUCAUGGAGCUCAUAGAGGGAGUGCCAUUGGGAGAACACUUUCACUCUUUGAAGCAAAAGCAACAGCAGUUUACGGAAGAAAGAAUAUGGCAUAUAUUUAUCCAACUAUGUCUAGCUCUUCGUUAUUUGCAUAAAGAGAAAAGGAUUGUUCAUCGAGAUCUCACUCCCAACAAUGUCAUGCUGGGGGAUAAAGACAAAGUUACAAUUACUGACUUUGGGCUUGCAAAGCAAAAGCAAGAAAACAGCAAACUUGCAUCAGUAGUGGGAACCAUUUUAUACUCGUGCCCUGAAGUUGUAAAAAGUGAGCCGUAUGGAGAGAAGGCCGAUGUCUGGGCUGCAGGAUGCAUCCUUUAUCAGAUGGCAACUCUGAACCCACCUUUUUACAGCACCAAUAUGCUCUCCUUGGCAACUAAGAUAGUAGGGGCUGUGUAUGAACCUGUGCCAGAAGGACUGUACUCUGAAAAAGUGACGUGUACUAUUAAGAGAUGCUUGACUCCUGAUGCAGAGGCACGUCCAGAUAUAGUGGAGGUCAGCUCACUGCUGUCUGAUGUGAUGAUGAAAUACCUGGAUGUUUUAUCCACCUCUCAUCUCAUGUUGGAGAAGAAACUGGAUCGGGAGAGGAGACGAACCCAGAAGUACUUCAUGGAGGCUAAUCGAAAUGCAGUAACCUAUCACCAUCAGCUUUCCCUUUUAUCACAAAAAAAUUACGAGAAGUUGAGCCUUCAUAGCAGCAGCAGUGGAGCAGCUGGUUGCAAAAGUGAAGUUUCAGAAAAUACUGACCUCCCGGCUGAAAGUUGUCAAUCUGCAUGUGGAAAACAUGAGGAAGGAACAUUUGAAAAAAUCCUGGUAGAGGACCACAGCAUUUUAGAGAACUCCGAGAAAGAUAUGUUCUCUGAAUUAGAUGAUGAGCUGGAUGUCUUGGACAACUCGAGCUGCUCCAGUUCAAGUCAUUUGAACGAGUCUGCUAUUGGUAUAAAUAAGCGAAAUUUUAGUGCUUCUGAAAGACAAUCUCAAAUUAGGGAUUAUAUCGAAGGUCCAGGAUCAAGACUGCGACCAGCAUCAGCAGGAAUUGCUGUGUCACCACGGAAGGUGCGUCAGAUCAGUGACCCUGUUCAGCAGAUUCUUAUUCAGCUGCACAAAAUUAUCUUCAUCACUCAACUUCCUCCAGCUUUGCAAUGCAACUUGAAAAGGAGAAUCAUUGAGAGAUUCAAGAAAUCCCUCUUCAGUCAGCAGAGCAAUCCUUGUAAUCUGAAAUCAGAAAUGAAAAAGCUGCUGCAAGGUUCUCUUGAAUUGAUUGAGCCCAACUUCUUCACAGCAGAUUGGCAUGUGGUACAUCUCUCUUCAGGUGGAAAUAUGUCACUUCCAGAUGAUAGAAAAGGUAUCAUUGGCACUUCUGACAUUGCAGAAGGAAUGACAUAUGAACAGUUGCAGACUCUAAUUGAAGAGGUUCUAGAGGAAAGUGGUUAUUACAAUUUCUCUUCUAAUAGGUAUCUGUACUAUCCAAGGGGAACAAAGAACUGUCCAGCGGAAGAAAAGAACUUAUUCUGAACGAAGGGUUCAGAAUAUUUCCUUAACAAAGUCAACCUGCCUGUACUUCAGCGGAGGCUGUCUGAUUACCAAAAGGGCAAGAUUUGCUCAUUAAAUAGCACCUAGAUGGAAUUCCAAUGAGGACAGCUUCAAGAGAUCACGUGAAAUUUCAGGAUGAUACUGUUAACUUCAGCUUUGUUUACAGCUUAAGCACUUUACCAGGAGCAUGGGGAAAGAUGCUUCCAGGUUUAUACGUCAGGAGGAAAAUACAAUUCCCAACAGUACAUAUCUUCUAUUUUUAUAAUUUUUUAAAACAAUUUGAUGCAUAGUUCAAAGUCUGUAACCUUAUUUAUAUCCAUGUGUGUCUUCUAUGGGAAGAAAAAGAGCUUUGUAAUAUGACCAGACAGAAAAUAUAUGUAGGUUCACUAUACCAGAAUUAGAAACAGAUUAAGCACCAUUGGUAUGAUUUUAAUAUUUAGAAAGAGUUUCUCUACUUAUGUUUGGAUGGUAACAACUUCUAAUGCUAGUAUGACAUGUUAAUAGUCAUUAUUUGCAACUGGCAUAGCUUCUGAAAAGAUUGUUAUUUUUAAAACAGCUGGUUUUACUGCUAUUUCAAAAUGUCUAUUAUAUGUCUGUCUUUAGGCACACACUGUGUAGAUCUGUGUGUAGAAAAUAUCAUGUACAUUUAUAUACAUUUUAUGUGCAUAUUAAUUUACUGUGUAACAAAGUAAAUUAAAUAUGUGCUUUGCUGCUAAUCAAAACUGUAGUACUUAAAAGCACUUCCAGAAUGUCAAUAUUCAAUAUUUCAAUUUAUUCACUCUGUAGUAAAUGGAGAUAAAAAUGUCUCCCUGCAGUAGCAGAGAAGCUAUUUUUUGUCUACAGUUUAGUAAGGAAUACUUAUUAAGUACAAAGGCUUUUCUCCACAGUUGAUACUGUGGCAAUCUACAUUGUUGAAAACAACCAGGAUGCGCUUGGUGAUAUAGCUCUACUAACUCUCUUGAAAAUUAUUAACAUUAUGGUCAUCGAAUGAUUACCCAUAAGUAAUUUGAUAGAGAUGUAUGUUGUGUACUAUUCUUAGGCUGGCAAAGGUUUGUUUGUUUUGUUGUUUUUUUUUCCCCAAGUGGUUUGUAACUAUAAAUAGCUAACUGGCAUUCAUUUCCUAACAAUUUAAGUGUAUUAUUUCACCUAUGAUAUGUGACUUUAACAUCCUGAUUUGUGAAGCAGUGAAAAAGGGCCCAAUGGGCAGUGUUUUUUUUUUUUUUAAUCUAUCAUCUUUUCACAUAUAUAUAAUGUAGAAAGUCAUCAGGCGCUAUCUUUGCAUCUAUGCAGUGGUACAGUAGUGAUAGCAAAGGUCUGUUAAGGGUCGAGACGCAUGUUUCUUAAGGUACCACCGGCAGGUAAUUACAGUGCCCACCAUGAAUCACCAUAGGCGAUGCAUUUCCUGCAAAGUAACCACUGAAAAUCAAUUCCUAUUGUUAGUUUUGCUUUGCUAGAAUGGAGAAAGGGAACACAGUAUGGUUAAAUCUGAUGGAUUAUAAAGUAAAUCUAUACUAUAUAUGUCUGCCAAUUUGAACUGAUUACACUUUUAUCCAAAAUACUUCAUUUAAAUUAAACCUUGAUAUGUUGGUCCUACUCAAAUUGCAUAUGAAUUCUCAUAAUAAUUUUCCAUUAAAAUAGUGUAAAACCAAUUUACACUUAAAGUAACCUAUUUUAAUGUAUUUUUGCAGAAAUGUCCUAUUUUAAAUUGUCAGAAUGCAUCGAAUGCCUUAGAAAUAAUUUGGACCUUAUUUCAAGCAUGUUUUGAAUUAUUAUUAUCUAUAUUUUGCUGUAUUUCUGUGAUAGUGUUGUGUUCAUUCAUACUUGGUGACAUUAUUUUUGUUGAGAAAUAGAGUGUAGUUAAUUACUUUUACUGUGUUUCUCUUAAUGUAUUUUUAGUGCUGUUAACUUCACAGCGAAUUUUGUGCUCAUUUUUGUGACUGUGAAAAGUGGAAUACUAGUUGUUGGCCAGCAGAGGAGAGCAGACUUCUCUCCAGUAACAAGAUGAGAGGUGGAUUGGUGGCAUGUACAGCUGCAACCACCAAGGCAAAUCAAAGCAGGGAAACAGUGGUCUUCUCUGUUUCUUUCCUGAUAUUCACCAGGAUCUUUGCUUUUUUUUUUUCCUCCCUGGCUGCAACUUGAGCUGACAUCUGGCUGUUGUAGGAAAGAUCUGAUGCAUUUUACAUGUAUGGCAAUUAACUGCCACAGAAGAUUCAUUAUCUAAGCUGUUAAGUAAUUUAUGGCAUUAGUACAUAGACGUUCUCCACUGAGAUCAGGGCCCAUUGUGUUUCCCGUUGUAUGAAAAGUAGCAAGAACCAGUUCUGCCAUGAAUAAUUUCUUAUGGCUAAAUGCUCUAUAGGCAAUAUAGAUAAAGCAUAUUUAGGGAAACUGAAAAUGAGUUGCCCAAUAUCAUUCAGCAAAUCAUCAGCAAACUUGAGAACGGGAUCUACAUCUCUGGGAGUUCUAAUCCAGUGCAUAACUGGUAUCCUCUGAGGUGUGUGUCAUUUCUUCUUGUAUGCUUGUAAUCUUUAAUGUAACCUGUGCAAAAACCAGAGAAAGAGGCAUAGCUGUACUUACUAUUUAGCUAAUUGAAAAGAUUCCACGAAGUUUGAUGCUAACUAUGUUGAAACACUGUACUAAACUACAACUAACCUUUGAUUAUUUGUGAGUUAAUCUAAACUGUGAUUUAUGUAGGCCUUUCCUUAAGUUUGCUUGGCUGCAGUGAAGUAUGUAAGAUUAUGUACUAUUCUGCCUUCUA